CUUAAUUGGACGUCACACAGCGGUGUGGAGGAGUCCUCUCUGCAGAACAAGCAGCAUGUUUCAGGAGAUCUUGGCCUUUAUGCUAAGCACUUCGGGGUGGGUGCUGGUGUCUUCUACCUUGCCGACGGACUACUGGAAAGUAUCUUCACUUGAUGGAACGGUCAUCACCACAGCUACCUACUGGUCCAAUCUGUGGAAGGCCUGCGUCACUGAUUCAACUGGAGUCUCCAACUGCAAAGACUUUGCCUCGAUGCUAGCACUGGAGGGCUACAUUCAAGCAUGCAGGGGAUUGAUGAUUGCAGCUAUCUGUCUGGGCUUUUUUGGUUCUAUAUUUGCCCUUAUUGGAAUGAAAUGCACCAAAAUUGGAGGAAGCGACCAAAACAAAGCCAAGAUUGCCUGCUUGGCAGGUGUAAAUUUCAUUCUUAGUGGCCUCUGCUCACUGUCAGCAUGCUCCCUCUAUGCACACCGGAUAACAACAGAGUUUUUUGACCCAAUGUAUAUGGCACAGAAGUAUGAACUGGGAGCUGCUCUCUUCAUCGGCUGGUCAGGGUCUAUCCUCUGUAUCCUUGGAGGCAUCAUGCUCUGCUUCUCCAUCUCAUGUUCUUUCACCAAAAGCCACAGUCAGACAAAAUAUAUCUACAACGGUGCUGCCUCACGUUCUCAUAUCUCCUCCUACGUGAGAGGGCAGGCCAAGACUGUAAACCAGAGCCCGCCUCCACAGUACAGCAACUCCUCCAGGACGCAGCACUUUGAUAAGAAUGCAUAUGUGUGAGGAAUGUGAAUAUAACACUUUUAGUUUAUGCCAAUCGUGAGUCUUAAAAGAGCUACCGUAGAAGUAGAUGAUAUUAAUCUGUGGCUCAUCAGGAAGUAAGUUUAGAAUAUUUAAAUGUUUCUGAAUUUAAAUUGUAUGAUGCUGUUUACUCUCUGGUGUUGGGGGAUUUCUAUUUUCUGUACAGCAGACAGCUUCUGUAUUUGGCAGUUGUACAUAUUACUGUGCAUUGAAUUUUAGGACUACGUAUGUAUUAUGAUUAAACAGCUAAAUCAAAAACAUACGUAUGCAUGGUCCAAAAUGGGCCUCUCUAAUAAUUCUUUUGCAUCAUUUUAUAUUUAUAUUUUCUUUGUGGCAAUUAGGUGUGCAAUAUUUGA